AUGACACGAUUUGUUGGAUGGUUGAUUCUCUUUGUCUUUCACCUAUUCUGGACUAUUCAAGCUGAUCGACCAGGUUUGCCUUGGUUGAACUGCAAAUACUUCCCCGAGAUAUUAUCAACACCGUGCAGAGAUGCAGGAUCUAUGGCUAACUUCACCCUGGCCGCUCAUACGAAGCUGAGCACUGUGCAAGCCGAAAGCUCUUUGGUCCAGUUUAUG